CUUCCAAGCGCUGAAUGCACGUCAACCUGCAUUGCCAACAGAUAACUCCACGACAAAGUACCCUCCGAUAGCCUGAGCAAAGCCUAUCUCCCCCCAAACCUCACGGUACCAUCACGAUGGCCGCCCAAACAGUCUCAAUAUGUAAAUUCGUCGGUACAAUCACCCUGGGAAUCGCAACUGGCGUCUCAGCAACCGUCUCGACAAUAGCCCUCCCCUCCCUCCUCGCCCUCCCCACCGCCAUAAACGCCCGAACCUCCCUAAUCUACCUAUCCACCAAAUCCACCAACCUCUCCUCCUACCUCCGACACAUAACAACCUUCACCCUCUUCUCCGCCUACUGUCUCUCGCCCGCCCGCUUCCGCCACCCGUACCUACUCUACACAUCCAUCUUUGCGUUCGUGUCUGGACCCGGUGUCGACUAUGCGGUUGGUCUGACCGAGGGCGGCAAUGAGAAGAGGCAGGUUAUGGAGUUGGAGGCCCAGGGCGACGAGGUGAAUGGCGAGCAGGUGCGCUUGGCGGUGGAGAGGAAGCAAGUGGUUGAGUGGGUUAAGACGGGGUUGGCGGGUGUGGCGUUCGCGAUGCAGGUUGUUGGGCUAUGGGGGGAUGGCGCGUAGAUGGUGGUCAUUCCAUGUCGGUGUAUGGAAUGGCGUAGGAGUCUACGUGGUCGAUUAUGGUGGUUUUGGGAGACGGGUGGUGGAUAUACGAUGUUCGUGUUCUUUGGGUCUGGAGUAGGAGAUGCGGAUGGCUGUUGGUGUAUUGUAUGGUUUUGACUCUCCUUUCCUCGUUUACGUGCUGGAUACAUACACGUUUUUGUUAGCGACUCUUAUUAUAUCCCUCUCAAUUCCUCCUAGCAGACAAACACCUCAAUGUGCAUUGGAAGAGCGUGAAUAUCUAGAGCGUAUAAAAGGCACUAAGUCAGAGAUAUCAAGUGGAUGACUGGAUCGAUC